ACACAAACCGGAAGUUGUUGUCAUUUCCCACUUCUCUUCCAAAGCGUUUAUUUUCUUGUCUGAUAAACCUAAGCGUUUGAAAUCAACUCUGGAGGAAGCCGUCGCAUUAUUGGAACUAUAUUUAGUUGUAAUGAUUAUCUCAUUUUCCUGGGCUAUUUAUUUUAUAUUCGUGUCGAAGCCGUUGUUUGGGAAAAGCUAGCGAGCUAACAAGUGUUAGCCAUGGGUCGAUGACGUUAAAGUAAAUUUCCUGACGUGGAUUGAAUCGUCUGGAAACCGCAGAUGGAUUUCUCAAAGUUCCUGGACGAUGAUUUUGAUGUGAAAGACUGGGUGAACGGCGCCUUCAAGGUGGUGCGGAAGGAUGCACCGGGGAAGGCGGACACGCACGCUGCGACGCUGGUUAUGAAGCUGCAGUUAUUCAUCCAAGAAGUAAACAAUUCUAUAGAGGAGACGAGUAAUCAGGCCCUGCAGAACAUGCCCAGAGUGCUUCGAGAAGUGGAGGCAUUGAAGCAAGAGGCGUCUUUCCUUAAAGAGCAAAUGGUUCUGGUCAAAGAGGACAUUAAGAAGUUUGAGCAGGACACAGUGCAAUCCAUGCAGGUUCUGGUGCAGAUUGAUCAAGUGAAGAGUCGCAUGCAGUUGGCAGCAGAGGCGCUACAAGAGGCUGAUAAAUGGGCUACACUAAGCACGGACAUCGAGGAAACCUUCAAGACACAGGAUCUUGCAGCCAUCUCAUCCAAGCUGACCAGCAUGCAGAACAGCUUGGCCAUGUUGGUGGACACGCCAGACUACUCAGAAAAGUGUGUUCAUCUUGAGGCUCUGAAAAACAGACUAGAAGCCCUGGCCAGCCCACAAAUCGUGUCCGCAUUUAAUUCCAUGUCUGUAGAGCAAGCCAAGCUAUUUGCUAAAGUCUUCUCAGAAAUUGAUAGAAUGCCGCAGCUCCUUGCAUACUACUACAAGUGUCAUAAAGGGCAGCUUGUGACUAUAUGGCAGGAUCUUUCCCAGAGCGAGCUCAGCCUGAAUCAGCAACUAUCCGAAUUCUACGACACCUUACUCUCCACAUGGCACACUCAGCUCCAGUGGUGCAGCCAGGUGUUCAAGAACCCGUAUGAGGUAGUGACAGUGCUGCUGAUUCAGACUCUGGGUGCCUUGGUUCCCUCCAUCCCCGUGUGCCUGAGUGCAGCCAUGGAGCGGGCGGCCCAAGAGCAGUGCCUUAACGCCCUGCUGGAGCUUCACCACACCACGCUCACCUUGGGACACAACUUGGAAGCCGCCAUGAUGCCACACCUCGGUGAGAAUAACCUCCUUAAGGUGAAUGAGCUCGUGUGUGUGCUGUAUGACCCCUAUAAGUCUUAUCAGCUCCAGUAUGGAGAACUGGAGGAAACACACCUCCUCAUCCAGAUCAGUGCUGUUCCUUUGGAGCACGGUGAGGUCAUUGAUUGCGUGGAGGAGCUGAACCUCUCAGUCGGGAAGCUGUUUGGACUGGCAAGUGCAGCCGUGGACCGCUAUGUGAAGCUCACAGAUGGACUAGGCGUGGUUGGCCUCCUCAAGGCUCUCAAAGCACUCUUCACCAAGUAUGUGUCAGACUUCUCGACUACACUGCAGUCCAUCAGGAAGAAGUGCAAACUGGAGGACACGCCCACUUCUUCCGUGUUCCAAGAGGACUGGACAGCUUUCCAGAACUCUGUCAGAAUCAUCGCCACAUGUGGGGAGUUGCUGAGACAAUGUGGCGCCUUCGAGCAGCAGCUGUCAAACAAGAUCAUGGCCACGGCAGGUAAGUACCUGUCGGAGUCAUAUAGCCCCCGCAGCCUGGCGGGCAUCCAGGAAGCGAGUGCAGCUGAGAGGAAGGUUGCCACCCAAAAUCCCUGGCAGGAGUAUAACUAUCUCCAGAGGGGCAGCAUGGCGGAGUACAGCUGUCUCAUGGAAGUGCUUUACUCGCUGAAGGAGAAGGGCGCUGGCAACUCCAACCUGUUAACUGAGCCAAGAGGGGCGCUAACCCGACUCAAUCAGCAGGCUCAACAGCUGGCGUUUGACUCUGUCUUUCUACAGAUUAAACACCAGCUCUCCCCCGUCGCCAAGAUGGAGAGUCAAGACUCACCUGGUUUAGGAGAGAGCUAUGCUGAAGACCUGCCUACAUUCAGCUUGUCACCACAGGAGUACAUCACAAAUAUAGGUCAGUACCUGAUGUCUCUGCCGCUCCAUUUGGAACCCUUCGUGACACAAGAGGAUCCAGCAUUAGAGUUGGCAUUGCAUGCUGGGAAGUUACCCUUUCCUCCAGAGCAAGGUGAUGACCUUCCUGAACUGGACAACAUAGCGGACUACUGGCUGGGCUCCAUCGCUCGGGCAACCAUGCGGAAGUACUGUGACGCCAUCCUGCUCAUUCCUCAGCUCAGCACACAUUCCACCAAACAGCUGGCCACAGAUAUUGACUAUUUGAGCAACGUGAUGGAUGCUCUCGGCCUGCAGCCCUCUCGUACACUACAGCAGAUUCUCACCCUGCUGAGGGCCAAACCAGAAGACUACAGACAAACCUCCAAACAGUUACCUCGGCGUCUGGUGUCUACCAUAGCAACCCUCCGCUCCAUUGACUACUAAAAAAACAGCCUUUUUUCCACCCCCAUCUCCCUUUCUUUACCUAUGUCUAUUGAGGUGACGGUUUGUAUACCAAUUCGCAAUAUUGUGCUCCAUACUACAACAGGAAGCAACAUGGUCAUGACUAGACUUUUUGGCUUUGCUACUUUCCGAGAUCAGGGUACAUGUAACAGCAUUGAAUUACUUCUCAUGCUAAUGAUUUGUAACGUAAACAGCAUAGUUGCGUGUGGACAUUUCCAAUAUUUUUAAAUAUGCUGUAAAUGUGUACAUAAAGCAUUUACACAAUAUUUUGUUGUCCUAAUGUUAUUGAGGUAUUUUAAUCCAGUUGGGUAAGGGUUUGUUAAUGACAUCAGAUUGUCUCCGGUUCAGUUCAAAACAUGGAGUGACUUGGAACAGUUUGCAAAAAAAACAGCCUUUGCCGAGUGUGUUUUGCAGGAAAAAAAAGUUAAAACAGCAGUGCUCUCGUGUCGUUUGGAAGGUCUUUGACUACGUCCUGAAGAAUGUCUGUCACAAAGAUGAUCUUUGACCUCCCUUU